AUGAAAGAGGGGAAGAAGAAGAAGUCAGAAACCUCCAUUGGUGUAUCUAACGAUGAUUCGAUAUCAGCUCUUGGGGCAUUUUCUGUUUAUUCGAUUACUGGGUUGUUUCUAGCCGUCGGAUUCUGGGUAGCCCGAAACAAAUAUUCCGUCGAUCUCGUAUCUGAUCCAUCUCUUACCCUACGUAUCAUCUCGAGUAUUGAGUUUACGGUUGUGGUAAUCAUAUACAGCUUGUUCCGGAAAAACCCAGAGAAAUGUUCGUAUUUUAACGCACUUGGACGAAGCAUAUUAGGACUAAUUUCAGGCGCUUUUAUAAAUGCCUUGGGAGCAAUUGCUUUGGGUGCACCUAUCGGAAUGCAAUCUCUGACAAAAACAAUUCACUGGUCCGUUCUAAUGUCUGUUUUCACGUUUGUACCAGCAACUGCAGUUUUUGGUGCAUCAUGGGCAGAUUGGCAUCGUGUGUUUGCUUCGAUGAAACCAGUUGGAAAUAUAGAAUAUAUGGUCUUUGUUCCAGCAUACGGAGCUAUUGUUGGAGGAUGGUUUGGAGCUUGGCCUAUGCCGCUCGACUGGGAAAGGCCAUGGCAGGAGUGGCCUAUAUAUGUGUGCUAUGGAGCUAUAGGAGGAUACAUUGUUGGACAGAUUGUCUCCUUGAGUUUGAUGCUAUUCAUCAGGAAACACAAGAAUUUGAAGCUAGCUUAG